AUGAUGCGUAAAAGGAAAGGCACCAAACACCAGACAGAGCCCGGCGUCAGCGUCAGCGUCAGCGUCAGCGUCGCCAUCACCAUCACCAUCACCAUCACCAUCACCAUCGUCAGCGUCAGCGUCACACAUCGCAGCCGGCCCCCGUCAUCCUCUCCCCCAGAGCCCGCGGAGAUCGGCAUCCGCGGCGGAAAAGUCCGGUGGCCUGGGUAA